AUGGGGCGGAAGCGUGGUCCAGGGGAAGGAGCUGGGGAGCUCGAUGCGGGCCUGGGCCUGGUACCCACACCAGGAGCUAUAGAUCCUGCAGCUUUCCCUUUUCCGGGCUUGCCUGCCGGCCUUCCGCCACCGACGCCUGCAGUUCCAGUGGCAAACCCUGCCGCAGGACUCCCAACUCUGCCCCCAGGCGUGGGGCCCACAGUCGUCCCACCAAAAGGUCCUGGCUUUCCUCCCGCUGGGCUCCUUCCACCGGGGUUGGCAGUGCCGGGUCCGCCUGGCCUUGCCAUGCCUACCCUGGGCGCCUUGCAGCAGAUUUUGCCAGGCGUGGCUCCUCCACAGCCGGGGCUGCCACCCUGCCUCGGUGGUGCGAAGAUGCCCCCGCCUGCGCCGGGGCUGGGCCUAGGCGGCUUGCCGGUGCUUCCAGGCAUGGCACCUCCCCCGGCGAUGCCGCCGCCGGGCUCUCUGGACACAGAAGCGCUGGCGCAGCUCAGGUUUCAGCAGGUGGCCUCUGAGUACGAGCAAAUCAAGAGCGCCGGCAUUGACCCGCAAGUGGCCGAGCUUGCGGAGUACCAUGGUCUAGAUGAGCGGGUGACGCGCUUGCUCGAUGAGGAGAUGAAGAAGCGAAAAGACACGUUUGAGUCGGACAUGCAAGCUCUUUGGGUGGGCUUGGAAAGGGCAAAGAACCCUGCAGGAAUGCUGAUGAUGAAGCUCAAGGAUAUGAAAGCGGGUACUUUCAAAGGCAUGUCGGCACUGGACAAGAAGAUUGAAGACUUCGCCAAGCGCAAUCGCUUGGAUGCCCAGGCGGCUGUGAGGCUGGCUGAGGUUCUGCAAAAUCGAGACGACGUGGAUGGCGAUUUGGCCAAGCUCCAGAAGCACCUGGAGCGAUCCAACAAACCUUCCUCCCUGGUCAUGAUGAUGCUUCUCGGCCUCUGCCAUCAGCUUCUGGAAGGGAUUCUUGUCAGGAGAGGGACCGAAGUCGCAGCCGGCAGAGAGGAGGCCGAGACGAAGCCAGAGGCGGCCGCCAUGACAGGCACCGUUGUGGAGUGGGAUAGCAGUGGACUUGCUUGUUUGAGCGGUGAGGCGAAAGAGGCGAAAGCUCAGAGAGCUCGGCCACGGGCGACUAAGGCAGAAGCAGCACUUGGUUUGCCCGCCAAGCCGCCGGUGGGAAGUGCAUCCCAGACCCGAAGCUUGGCGGGUGACCUCCCGGUUUGCUGGGAGACGGGAGACGGGGAGCUGGAUGUUUCAAUGCCAGGUCGACGAGUAAGAGCAGUUCCAUUCCCCAAGUCGUCCAAAGCUUUCGUGACUUCCUCAUUCAGAAGGCAGGCUGCCAGGCUCGCAAAGCAGAAGGCUCCGGUCCUGGGUGCCUUCCAGGAUCAUGCGACGAAGCCACAGUUUGCCAAGACACUGCUCGCACCGGGCCCGCAGCUCAGCAGUUGUGCCGUGGUGCGAUGGAAGGCUUGCAGAUGGCUUGCAGCUGGUGCCGGCAACCAGGUGGUGACACGGGGCCUGGCUCUGAAGUCGAUGGAGGAGAGCUGUUGUCUCAAGGAUGGCGCUGAGAAGGACAUACUCGCCUCCUGGGCGAACAGUUUCUGGGACGAGCAUGCUAGCUCCUUUGCGCUGGACCCACUGGAUGGGGUUUCCUUGUUCCGGACCUCACGCGAUGCCACCGAGCUAGCACAAGAUGCGCUCGCGCGAGCCAGUGCUCACUUAGGACCCAGCCCAGGGCGCAGUUUGGCCGAGCAGCAAGCCUACUGCAGGUCCUUGAUGCGUUCUCGGAACGAAAGCAGGCUCACUUCGCCAGCCUCAUGCAGUGUAGGGGGAAGCGGUGCUUCGGAGAGGGACGCCGUCGACAUGCUGGAUGCGGAGACUCGACUCCGGCACCUCAAGCGCAGCUUCGCGGUCUCAGCCGAUGAGGUGGCAGCGCGCUUAGAGGACUUGCGGAGGCGGCCAGUCUGGGAUGCUUAUGCAGAGUUGACCCAUGAGGUCGAAGAGAGCAGCUCCUCGCGGCCUCAGUCCUCGAUGACCAAUCAGUCCUGGACUGACGUGCCGGCGAAGCCUCGGCAGAGCCGUCGGAAGCGCACUGAUUCUGACACCAGCAGCCAUCAGACGCAGGACCUACGUCUUUCCCAUGUGGAAAUGCCCACGACAGCAGAGGAGGUGCGAUUUCUCUGCCUGGGUGCAUCCUUGAACAUGAUGCCGUACAAGCGGCUGCAGCCUCUGGCCAGGUUAGAGGACGAUGUUUACGACAAUGGCCCCAACGACAGCUACGACGAGGUCUCACAGCGUGAGGAGCUGCUGCGAGCUGUCAAGAAACUUAACACAUACAGAUGGUUUUGUCGCUUGCCUCCAGUGGUGGUGGACGAGGAUGCUACUGAGCUGUGCGAGUUCCUGAACGAGAGCAUGGUCUCCCGCAAGCCAGUCUUCGUAAAAGAGUCCCACAGUCUCACGCGGCGAGUGUCGGAUCUCGGGGAUCAGCUCGGAGGCUUCAUGGCGAAUAGCGGCCACGCGAUGAUUUUGCACAAGGCGGGUUCCCUCAUCUCUGCCAUCGAUGUGGGCUUUGACCCCAGAUCAACGAUGCCAGUGGUGCCCCUGCUCCCGGCACAGCUUCCGAAGCUGCGGCCGCAGGACAGAGCCGCCAGGCCGAAUUGGCACCCAGAGCUGUCAGAUGACUGCCAGGCAACAGCUAGGAGAAGCGUGGUCUAUUUGUUCCUUCUCCCACGUGCAAGGGCUCGCAAGACGCCCCCAGGUUGCAACACAGCCCGGGAGCGCCCAGAGCUGAGCUGCUCUUUGUGGCCCCUGCAAGCUGCGACGGAAGUGCAACCAGUUUCCCUGCAGAAUUUGCCAGACUCCCUGGCAGGAUACAGGACAAUGUGGGAAAUCUUGGAUAAGCUGGGCGGCGGCACCAAGCAGGACGCCCGUAACGCCCCGAGCAGAGCGAGCAGAGGCAAGAGCCUCCAGAUGCCGAGGCUCGGCUCAUUUGCUCACAGCCGGCCAUCGCACGUCGUGUCGCCCGCGCUCCCGUCUUUGCAGGUACCGGGGCCAGCAGCCUUUACUCAGGAAGGAGCACCCCUUUUCAGGACUCGGGUGCUCUUUCCUUUUGACAUCUUGUUGGACGGAAUAGGAAAUGAGCCCACGCCCGAAGGUCUGCGGGAGGAGGCAAAGCGGCUUUGCAGCUUGCGAGGGAGUUGCAAGGACUGCAAGGACCGCAAGGAGUUGGUGCAAGCUUGGUCCCUGCUUCUGUCGCGAGCGCAGGCAGAAGCUCUGGAUCGAGCCGGAAUCCCACAUCCGGCAAUCCUGAUUCCUAUAACCGACGAGCAGCGCAACUUCUGGCAUCACUUCGCUGCAGGAGUUGAGUUCUUGCCCGGGGACGAUCUCGAGGAAGACGUACUUGUGGCCAUAUCCGAGGAAUGGACAGCGGUUGCCACGAUUGGGGAAGCCCUUCGUGCAUGGCUUUCUUUGAAGGCAUCCGAAGUGGGUGCACAAGAUCCUCCUCUGCCGAAAAGAUCGAUUACUAUCUACAUCCUCGGGCCUAGCCCAUCCUUGGAGUAUGAGAGGGGGUUGAAAGACCUUCAUCACAAGCUCCUUGCGUGUCUCUUAGGCCUGGAGGGGCCUUCAAGCUCCCCGCCUUUCUUGCAUCUUGUAUUCUGCGGUCCUGACGUGCCAAGCACAAUACAUGCACAAGCCUGGAAGGACGGACGUCUGCAUGUCGAACACUGGAAACGCCACUGGCAUGACCUGCAGAAGGAGAAUUUGCAGUCCGUGGAUCUCAUCGUCGCGAUGAAUGCCGGCACCUCCGUCGCACCAUAUCGGAAGCUUUGGCUUCCAACCCUGAUGGCCAUUGCAAAACUGGAAGACUGUCUGCUGUGGUUUACUGGAUAUACAUUGCCCGAAGUUGCAGAGACACAGAAGGAUGUCAACGAAAGCUGUCCACAGGCGGUUGUGCUUCAUUGUGAUGCCGGACGGAGCUCGACACUGGCAGGAACUGACCGAGUGGAGCUAGGCCGGGGUACUUUGUACUUUGUAGUGCUAGGUGGAAUGCGGCUUCGAUCCUGGGUCCGAGACUUUCAUUCGCUGCAGUUUGACAGUCCAGCGGCUCGGGCAUGCACUUGGAAUGUUGGAGAGAUGGCCAAGACGCAUCCUGGCCUGUCCUGUGAUUGCAGGAUGUCGGCUGCUGGACCGCUGGCAACUUGCAACUUGAAGGCUUACCACCGGGACGGAAUUCUGCCACAGUUCCCUCAAGCCAACAGAUCAACAGCUGGCGGCGCGACCCCGUUUCUGUACUCACUGGCCAACACGACCA